AUUGCUGUAACAAUCCCUCCUUUUUUAAGAGGAAGCCGGGUCACCAUGUCGGCGGCAGCUGUGGAUACAGCUAAUGCCACACCCCUGUCGGGGUCAAAAGAGAUGAGUUUGGAGGAGCCAAAGAAGAUGACCAGAGAAGACUGGAGGAAAAAGAAGGAGCUAGAAGAACAGAGAAAACUGGGCAAUGCUCCUGCAGAAGUUGAUGAAGAGGGAAAAGACAUCAACCCUCAUAUUCCUCAGUAUAUUUCUUCAGUUCCAUGGUACAUUGACCCAUCAAAAAGACCCACUUUAAAGCAUCAGAGACCACAGCCCGAGAAGCAGAAACAAUUCAGUUCAUCAGGGGAGUGGUACAAGAGAGGGGUGAAAGAGAAUUCCAUAACUACCAAGUACCGCAAAGGGGCAUGUGAAAAUUGUGGGGCCAUGACACACAAGAAGAAAGAUUGCUUUGAGAGGCCGAGGCGGGUUGGCGCUAAAUUCACAGGCACUAACAUUGCUCCAGAUGAGCACAUCCAGCCUCAACUGAUGUUCGACUAUGACGGGAAGAGAGACCGCUGGAACGGCUACAACCCCGAGGAGCACAUGAAGAUUGUUGAGGAGUACGCCAAGGUUGAUCUGGCAAAACGAACAUUGAAAGCUCAGAAACUGCAAGAAGAGUUAGCCUCUGGAAAAUUAGUCGAACAAGCUAAUUCUCCAAAACACCAGUGGGGAGAAGAGGAACCCAAUUCUCAGAUGGAAAAGGACCAUAACAGUGAAGAUGAGGAUGAAGACAAAUAUGCAGAUGAUAUUGACAUGCCGGGGCAGAAUUUCGACUCUAAGAGGCGCAUUACCGUUCGGAAUCUCAGGAUUCGUGAAGAUAUUGCAAAAUAUCUAAGAAAUUUAGAUCCAAAUUCUGCCUAUUAUGAUCCAAAAACUAGAGCAAUGAGAGAGAAUCCUUACGCCAAUGCAGGAAAGAACCCAGAUGAAGUGAGUUACGCUGGAGAUAACUUCGUCCGCUACACAGGAGAUACCAUUUCAAUGGCUCAAACACAACUGUUUGCUUGGGAAGCCUACGACAAGGGGUCUGAAGUGCACCUCCAAGCAGAUCCUACAAAACUAGAGCUGUUGUACAAGUCCUUCAAAGUCAAAAAAGAAGACUUCAAAGAACAGCAGAAAGAAAGCAUCCUGGAGAAGUAUGGUGGCCAAGAACACUUGGAUGCUCCUCCGGCUGAGCUGCUGUUAGCCCAAACAGAAGACUAUGUGGAAUACUCCAGGCAUGGGACAGUCAUUAAAGGGCAGGAGCGGGCUGUCGCCUGCUCCAAGUACGAGGAAGACGUGAAGAUCCAUAACCACACGCACAUCUGGGGAUCUUACUGGAAAGAAGGCCGCUGGGGAUACAAAUGCUGUCACUCUUUCUUCAAGUAUUCCUAUUGUACUGGAGAAGCCGGGAAGGAGAGUGCCAAUUCAGAGGAAUGUAUUGUAAAUGAUGCAACUGGAGAAGAGUCUGUGAAGAAACCUCAGACUCUCAUGGAGCUGCAUCAGGAGAAACUGAAAGAAGAGAAGAAGAAGAAAAAGAAGAAGAAGAAACACCGAAAGAGCAGUUCCGACAGCGAUGAUGAGGAGAGGAAGCACGAGAAACUGAAAAAGGCACUGAAUGCAGAGGAGGCUCGCCUUCUUCACGUGAAGGAGAUCAUGCAGAUUGACGAGCGAAAGCGGCCUUACAACAGCAUAUAUGAAACCCGGGAGCCCACUGAGGAGGAAAUGGAAGCCUACAGGAUGAAGCGGCAGAGGCCAGAUGACCCCAUGGCCUCUUUCCUGGGACAGUAGAAACUAGUCAGGAUCGGACACAUACGUAGCAUGUUCUUCUCAACUCCUUGUUGACCAUAGGUAGCAAAUCCUCACCUGUCCUUUUGCUGCCUGACAUUAAUAAAUCCUUCUGAAGUCUCAAAAUCAUUCUCCAGAGUCAAGAAACAAAGGAAGCAAGAAAGAGCAUGCAGUUGUGGUUAAGGUUAAAAUCAUCCAUCGUAACUG